GUGAAGUUCAGACUAUGUACUAAUACAACAAAUUAGCCAAGAGAGGAGGACUGCAUUAUGGCUGAGUGAAAAACACCAAGACAACUAAAAAAAAAAAAAAAAAAAAAAAGAUAGAGAGAGAGAAAGAGAGAGAGAAAGGCUCCAGGUCGAAAACAAAGACGUUAAACAGUGAGAGCUGAGAUGAGUGAUGUGAGUGAAGAGUCGCUGCUGGAUUAUUUCUACUCCACCGGAGGCAGCUCUGGCAGGGUCAAAAAUGCAGAUAUACUGAAGACAUUUAAGCCCUUUAUUGGCCAUAGUGACUUGCAGUUACGUGCUAAAUACAGAGAGGAAUUCAAACUCAUCAUUGACCGAAUUGCUGUGGUGAAGUCAGAAAAUGGAGAGAAGUAUCUUGUCCUAAAGAAGAAAUACAGGCAAAUGCUGCAGGAGCGAGACACCAAACAUCACAGGGCAGAGGGGGACGGACAGAGACAUUCAAGCCCGGCCAGAACUCCGGCCACCGUACAGUGGGACGCCGCAACUUCUCCUCCUCACCAGAAGGAACAACAGGAUGAGCCGAUGUCAUGUGGAGAGCCCGACAGUGCUGCAGAGGACCUGCAGACAGGAACAGCCUUCGUGCAGCAUAGUCUGCUGCAGCAUCCUGUCAUCCAAAUCCAGGAACCCUCAGCACAAAGCAACGGGCACGAUGAGCUGGACAAAGAUUCGGGAUCAAAGUCCGAGUCGGAGCAAGACGAGGAGUGUACGGGAAGUAUGGGCUCCGCUGCUGUCGCUCUGGAUCCUGUAGAGAAGGAAUGGAUCUACUCUGCUGCAGGUGCUCGAGUCCCUGACCUCUCUCAGCUGCUCAGACAGGACCCCUCACUGGCAAACAAGAAGGACUUCACCUCAUUUACAGCUCUGCACUGGGCAGCUAAGCAUGGCAGCGAGGACAUGGCCACUCUGGUGGUUAAUGCCGGUGCUGAUGUCAACACCAAAUCAGUGAGUGGAUAUACACCUUUACACAUUGCAGCUUUACAUGGUCAUCGGCAUAUUCUAGACCUGCUCAUAGGGACAUAUGGGGCUAAAGAAAACUUAAGGGACUACAGCGGCCAUCUUGCAUUCCAUUAUCUGAACAUCAAAGAUCCAGAGGGUCCAGAGGAAGACUGCGAGCUGCCGUUUCAAGUCAGUCAGGCCAGAGAGCGGAACAGGAACAGAAAGUUGGUGUCGUUGUUUCACUCCAAGAAGAAGUGGGGCUCAGCAGAGGAGCUGGCUCCGAUAGAGGAGGAGAGGACGGCGACACAUCAGCUCGUCCUUCCAGCAUUUAGACCCAGGAAAUUCUCCCGCUGAGUAAAAACGAGACAUCAGGGACGAUUUCUGCUAGCUCUCCUGCACUCACACACAGCCUAAUCCUUAGAUUCAUAUAUAUCUACACACACUAUGUAAACCUACAUGUAUAUACAAAGAAAGUGUUAUAUUUAUUAUGUACAGCACAUGUUGACAAACCUUUGCUUACUGAAGCACCUAAACUCAUGCUUUAACAUUGAAUAGACAAUGUUGUAGAUGAUGCCAUGCUUAUACGUGUAUUAUUAAUAUUAAUGCUCACCAUGAAAGUAUUCUUGAAGCCUUUAAACUUUAAUGAAUGUUGCUAAUUAGAGCCUCACCGAUAUAUAUCGAUACUGACCUAUCGUGGACAUGUCGGUAUUAGUGUAUAUGAUAUCCAAUAUGCGCAGACAUGAAAACUGUUUUUUUUUCCAGCAUAUAAUGCAGAAGACAAUGCUUGCAUUAAUAUUUUGGCGCUGUGAUUUACAAUGCAAGCAGCAGAGUAAAAGAGAGAAGAGGCAGCUCUCAGCAAUGUCAACUAGAAUUGGUUGACAAUGUGAAUGUUAAAUUAUUUAACAUGCUAAAGAAAAGUUAUUUGUUUAAGAAAACAGCCUGCUGAGUACCUUUGUAAAGGCAUAUUCUCAUAGAAUAGGUCUUUUGUCGGCUCAAACAUUCACUAUAUCGGCCGCCAUAUUGGCAAUCAGGGAAUUUUUCCCUUCUAAAAUCGGUAUCGGUGGGGCUCUAUUGCUAACUGUUACAUAUGCCUUACAAUUUUAAAUGAGCCGUGCCACAUAGUCUUCAUUUGUGUUACAGUGAGUUUACUCUGUAAAAGUGUCCAGAUGAUGUAAUUCUUUCUCAGUGAGAAGUUUAGGAUAAGGCUGGAGAUAGUUUUGUUACUGUCAACAAAUCCAAUGAAAAAACAGCUAAAGAAACACAAUGUGUCAAUCUAUUUGUUGAUAACUUGAUGACUUUCCUACCCUGUCUGUGGCUCCCAGCCCCUCCCAGUAAAGCCUUCACAGUUGGUCACAAAUACAUACUUUCACUUAAAAAAAAAAAAAGCUACUUUACUAAAACAGCUGGGCAUUGUAGUUUUUAGCAAACAUUACUCAAACAAGAGUAAAUAGUGCAUUUGUGUUUGGGGAUGUGGUGCUCUAUUGAGUAUUUCUGCCCAGUUUCACCCAGUGAAACAGUGUGGUUCAUUCUGUGUGUGUUGUGGCACAGAGAACAUUUAUCAGGCUUUAGACACACACACAUUACUCAUUAGUAAGAGACCGUUGGUUUUCUUGGAAUUUGUUGACAAUAAGAAGAAGACUGAAAAUAGCCAGACUGGUGGUUUUUAUGUUUUGGCCUAUUGAAAUCAUCUGUAGUUAACACUAGGCUGAAACACGAGCUUUCACAAAGCCAUUAAUUUGGAUUCAUGUCACUGUGGCAUUAUAAUCAAUUUGCAGAGACACUACAGGUGAUCAAUUCUGUUAAUUUCUUAUUGAAUUAUUUUUAAAAUCACAAUAAACACUGUCAGCUAAAGGACUGUAUGAAAAUUAUUGGGGUAGGGAGAAGGUCCAACUUCAUGUUUCACUUUUUAAGAAGCAAGACCUCUCCACAGCAUUUUUAAUGUUUUAUUUGGGUACCCUCCCCCCAAUAUCUUCAAAUAAUAUAAAAGUAUUGGUUCAACUCCAUUAAUAACUAACAAAGCAAAGAAUUAAGAAUUUAAGAUGGUGUACACUAAUCUUUACAUUUUAAGGGCUUAGUUAGGAUUUAGUGGCAUCUAGCAGAUUGCAACUCCCUCGCUGCACCCUCCCCUUCCAAGGGCGAUAGAGAAACUAUGGUGGCCGCAUGAAAGUUGCAAAACGGCCUAAAUGUUACAUACUUAAUAUGUUGAUGGAAUAAUAAUUUUCAGUAUUUUUGGAUUUGAUCCCCUUUUUUAUGUUUACAAUUAUUAUGCAAGGGGAAAUUGAAAAUAAAUACAAAUCUAUGGUGAGGGAAAAUCUAAAGAUUUCCCCAAAAAGUCAGAUAUAAGCAAUAAGAAAAAAUAUACAUAACCCUCCCCCUUUUUCUGACUGGCCUCGCUCCUUAAUAAUUUUCCUACAGUCCUCAAUGAGGAAGAAAAUGUUAUUGAUUUUUAAGUUUAAAUCUGAGUUUAUUUAGUUUUUUCCUGAAUUGUGGAUCUCUCCUUUUUGCAGCCUUGUUACUGGAUUUAACUUUUCUUCGAAAACUCUAAUGUCAAAGUGGUGAUUGUGCUUUAAUUCCCCGUUCGACCCCCCCGUGUAUUAAAGUCCUGUGUUAACUUUCACAAAAGGAAUUUGCACUAUUACAUCAUGAAUCAGUGUCUUUCGUUUAAAAGGGCUUUUGUGUUGCUUUAGGCAUAAUUGUCAUGUGUUUGAAAAGAGGAUCAUUGUAACUAUUUGUUUAUAAUUCUGUGCCAAUGUAAAAGCUACAGUUAUGUUUUUUUUCCCAGUUAAUCGUAUAAUCUAAACUAAAAAACUUGCCUCUGUUACAUCUUUUGCACAAUAUUUAUAUAAUGAAGAUAUUUUGGUAUUAAAUGGUAUUUUAUAUCAAACUGUA